CGGACCGACUCGUUCAACCAUUUCUUAUCGCCGUCUAAAGCAAUCGGCAGAAAUCUAGAAGAAACAACAGCAACAACCCGUUGACGCGAGGGCCCGGCAAGGGCAUUAUCAGCUAUGGACGUGGACAAGCCUGCUGAGCAACCGGUGGUGGGCCCCAAGGAGGGCACGCCCACUCCCGAGGCGCAGACUGCACCUGCUCCAGCUCCCCCCAACCCCGACCUGGAAGCCUACAACCAAAAGUGGACGACUGUGCAGAACGACCCCCAGGACUUCAACAGCUUUACCGCACUGCUGGGCAUCGCGGAUCGCCUGGAGGAUGUGGAGAAGGUGCGCGCCGCCUACGACGCCUUCCUGGCCGAGUACCCGCUGUGCUACGGCUACUGGAAGAAGUACGCGGACGCGGAGCUGCGGCACGGCAGCGCCGAGGCGGCGGCGGCGGUGUACGAGCGCGGCGUGGUGGCCACGCCGUACAGCGCUGACCUGUGGGGGCACUACGCCGCCUUCAAGAAGGGGCUGCCGGACGCCAACCCCGAGGACGUUCGCGGCGUGUACGAGCGCGGCCUGGCCUACGUGUGCACCGACUUCAACAGCCACGGGCUGUGGGACAAGUACCUGGCCUUUGAGGGCGAGCAGGCCUCCACGCUGCACGUGUCCAGCCUCUACUGCCGCCUGCUGGCCUGCCCCGUGCGCGAACUGGACCGGUACUACACCAGCUUCAAGAGCUACGUGGGCCCGCUGGCGGCGGCGCAGGUGGUGCUGCCGCACGAUUUUGACUCCAUCCGGCUGCGCCUGGAGGCGGAGGCAGCCGCCAAGGCCAAAGAGGCGGCGGAGGCUAAGGAGGCGGCGGAGGCUGCCAAGCAGGCGGCGGAGGCCGCUAAGAAGGAGCAGGAGGCUGCCGCGGAGGUGAAGAAGGAGGAGGCCGCCGCGGAGGGCGCGGAGGGCGCCGAGGUUAAGAUGGAGGAGGCCGGCGCGGAGGGCGCAGAGGUGAAGAAGGAGGAGGGCGGUGAGGGCGGCGCGCCGCCGCCUCCGCCCGCCAAUGGCGAGGUGAAGGGCGAGGAGGCCAAAGAGCCGGCGGCGGUGACGGACGACGACAUCAAGCAGGCCUGGCUGAAGCAGCAGGAGGCUGUGUACGAGGCCACGCGCGCCGAGCUGGCCAAGCGGCGGCCCUUCGAGGAGGCGGCGCGGCGGCCCUACUUCCACAUCAAGCCGCUGGACGGCGUACAGCUGUUCAACUGGAUCAAGUACCUGGACUUCAUGGAGGGGCGCGGCGAGCCCACCGCCACGCAGACCGUGUACGAGCGCUGCCUCGUGGCGUGCGCUAACUACCCGGGCGAAAGCAGCAGCCGCCACCGCCGCCACCGCUGCGGCCCUCCGGCCUCGCCGGUCCGAGAGCAGCAGCUCGCCACGUGUGGGCCAGAGGCAUGCGGCAGCCAGCCACCGGGGCAGCAGCAGCAGCAACAGGGAGCGCAGAGGGGGUCCUGUGUCUGGUGUGUGCGCCUCGAGUUCUGGCAGCGCUACGUGCGCUACCUGGAGGCGCGCGGCGACGAGGCUGGCGCCAAGGCGGCGCUGGACCGCGGCGUGCUGGUGUUCUGCAAGCGCCGUCCCGAGAUGCACAUGUUCGCGGCGCACUGGGACGAGCUGCACGGCGACAUCGCCGGCGCCCGCGCGCGCUACGUGCACCUGCUGACGCACGUGUCGCCGCGCCUGAUCGAGGCCGUCACCUCUGCCGCCAACUUCGAGCGACGCCAGGGCGACCUGGCCGCAGCCAACAAGUACCUGAGCGAUCUGACGGAGGAGGAGCGCAGCAAGGAGGGCAGCCGCAUCUACCCCUUCCUGGCCAUCCACCUGGCGCACUUCCUGCGCCGCCACUCGGGAGACCUGGCGGCCGCGCGCAAGGUCCUGGACGACGCGCUGGAGCAGUGCCCGGGCGUGCGCAGCCUGUGGGAGGCGGCGGUGCACUUUGAGGAGCUGGCGGGCGGCCCCGAGGCGGUGGCGCGGGCACUGGACCUGUACGACCGCGCCACGGCGCCGCCGGCGGAGGGCACCACCGCGGCGGUGGCGGGCAAGUCUCUGCCGGAGCGCGACCGCGAGGAGCUGUCCGCCCGCUCCGUGGACUUCGCCGACAUGUACGGCACCCCGCAGCAGCUCAAGGCCGCAUGCGACCGGCACGCGCAGCGCUUCAUGCUGCCAACCACCGUCACCGCCGAGGCGCGCGCCGCCACCAGCAGCAAGCGCGCCAAUGAGGGCGGCGCAGGAGGCGGCGCCGCCGCCAAGGCGCCGCGCCUGGACCACGGCCACCACCAUGCGCCGCCGCCGCCGCCCAUGGCGGCGGCGCAGCCGGCGGCGGCGGCGCACCACGCGAUGGCGGCGGGGCACCAUGCGGCGGCGUACGGCGCGUACGCGCAGGCGCCGGCGGCGGCCGCCGCCUCGGCGGCGGCGUACUCGCAGUACUACGGGCAGUACGGCGCCGCGCAGCAGUACCCCGCUUACGGUUACGGUUACUCGGGCUACGGGUACUGAAGGCUGCGGCGUGCGGCGGCGCGGCGUGCGCAGUGCAGUGCAGUGCGGCGGCGGCGACGGGAAUCGGGGCGUUUCGUACAGUAUUUCAUUGUGGGGUUGGGCUGUGUGCCGGUGUGUAUGUGAGUGGUGACUGCGAAUGCUUGUCGGGGUCGAUAGGUAGAGAUGUGGGCUUGACGAGCUGUCCUACGAGAGGUCGGUGGCUUUACGCUGCCGGGUUUUGACCAGACUGUGCGAAUGCCUUCUGGGCGCUGACACAAACCACUUCGCUAACCUCAUCUCGCACAGCCUGAUGAGGCAGGGCGGCAGACAAGUGCGUGCUUGCAAGGAGGAAGGGCAUGUGUGAGCAGCAGCACGUGCACGCGCAUGCGCGCGGGGAGCGUGUGGGCUGGUAAGUGAUGUAACAGCAUGCUGGGUCUGCGAGCUGUGUGACUGGGUGUUGCGGGCGCUGGCGUGCUGGGCCGACGGCGCAGCUGCCAUGGCAAGCUCGAGGCUGCCGCGCUGAGUUUGUGAUGGGCACAGACACGAAACGACGAGACGUGCAGCACUGCUGCAAAUCUGCAAAUGUGGGU